AUGCGAUUCUCCACAACAACCCUUCUGAUCUCCGCCCUUGGGUGGAUCACAGCCGUGGCUGGACACAACAUCCAGCUCAAGGCGCACUCGAGAGAAUGCUUCCACGAGACAUUGCACAAGGAAGAUAAGAUGACCGUUACCUUCCAGGUCGGUGACAGGGAAUUUGGUGGCAGCGGGAACCUUGAGAUUGAUUUCUGGGUUGAGGACCCCCUAAAGAACCGCCAGUACUUCAGACAAGCCAUCUCAUCGGAGGACUACUCGUUCACCGCGCACACCGACGGAAAGUUCGUGUACUGCUUCAGCAACGAGGGUUGGACUUCGAACUCGAAGGAAGUGGCCUUCAACGUUCACGGAAUCGUCUACGUGCCGGAACAUGAAUUGGCCCAAGAUCCCCUGGAGGCGGAAGUGCGUAAACUCUCGGAGGCUCUGGCUCAGGUGAAGGAUGAACAGUCGUACAUUGUCGUUAGAGAGCGGGUGCAUCGAAACACCGCGGAGAGCACAAACGCCCGAGUGAAGUGGUGGAGCAUUUUCCAGCUUGCCGUGCUCAUUGGUGAGGGUAUCUUCCAGGUCUGGUGGCUGAAGAGAUUCUUCGAGGUGGGUGUGACGAUACCAAAACGGGCUUAUCGACAGUUGGGCUGA